UUGGAAGUGAGGCCGUUGUUGUUAUGCAAAUGGUUCACACGUCUCUCGACCCAAAUCUGAUCGGGAGAGAAAUUAUGAUAUUCAUCGCUGUCCGCUACUCGCACUAACAUUUCACAUUGAAGAAAAAUCUACAUUCAUGGCGUAAUUUCUUCUGAACACGAUCUAUUUGCGAUGGAUACCUGAUCAUAGACAUAGAAGAGACACAAUUGAUGGUGAUCAUUUUUUGACCGACGUCGAUUUGCUGAAAUUUUCCGAUGAAAAUGAAUGGUUGGAUCGGCGCUCGUUUUGUGACUGCAACAGAUAUAAGUUGGCUUAGGUGACAUUUUUCUACAAUAGUAAGAAACGCUUCCUUUUGGAAAGAAAGAUGACUGCUAAAGUCGUCGACGAUACAUCGGUCCGAGUGGCUUUGAGGAUCCGUCCUCAAAGUGCUUCGGAACAGAUCGACAUGUGCCGGGUUUGCACUUCUUGUACGCCGGGUCAUCCUCAAGUCGUCCUUGGUAAAGACAAGGGGUUUACGUUCGAUUAUGUCUUCGAUAUACCUGCAAAACAACCCGAGAUCUACGAGAAAUGCGUGAAAGAACUAGUCGAAGGAUGCCUAGAUGGCUACAAUGCUACGGUUUUGGCGUACGGACAGACUGGUGCAGGGAAGACAUACACAAUGGGUACUGGGUUUGAUGUGAAUAUCGACCCACUGGAAGAAGGCAUUGUUCCCAGAGCUGUUGGACAGCUCUUCAGCGGAAUAGAACGACGACGGCAGGAAGCCAAGCAAAGAAAUGAGCCGCAACCCGAUUUUAAAGUCACUGUACAGUUUAUGGAGCUUUACAAUGAAGACCUGAUCGAUCUGUUUGAUGCUGAUGGAAGGGGAAGAAAAUCCCAUCAUGUGAAAAUUCAUGAAGACACCAAUGGUCAAAUCUAUACUGUUGGGGUCAACACAAGGGCUGUAAAGUCUGCACUUGAUACUCUAAAUGCUCUACAGCAAGGAGCCUUAUCAAGAACAACAGCUAGUACAAAUAUGAACACCCAUUCUUCACGUUCCCAUGCUAUCUUUACAAUCCACAUCAAACAGCAACGGGUGGUUAAGAUCUCUAACAAUGAGCCAACCAAGGGUGGAGAAGAUUAUGAGUAUGAAAUGCUCAGUGCAAAGUUUAAUUUUGUUGACCUUGCUGGUUCAGAAAGGUUAAAAAGAACUGGCGCCACUGGUGAUCGUGCUAAGGAAGGAAUAUCCAUAAACUGUGGAUUGUUGGCUCUAGGCAAUGUCAUCAGCGCCCUUGGAGAUGUCACCAAGAAGGGAAGCCAUGUGCCAUAUCGCGACUCCAAGUUAACACGGCUGUUACAGGACUCGUUAGGUGGCAAUAGCUGUACUCUGAUGAUCGCAUGUGUGUCACCAUCCGACAGGGACUUUAUGGAGACAUUAAAUACUCUGAAGUAUGCAAACAGAGCAAGAAAUAUCAAAAACAAGGUAUCCGUUAACCAAGACAAAGCAAGCAAGCAGAUCUCUAUGCUGCGUGCGGAAAUCCAGAAACUCACUGCAGAGCUGGUAGAAUUCCGCCAAGGGAGACGAGUUUCCAGCGGCGAAGGAGAGUCUGACGUGUCUCUAGAAAAUAACAUGCUAAGAAAUGAAAAUGAAAAACUACGGUUAAGGAUCAAAGGGCUUCAGUCCACAGUUGAAGUUCAGUCCAACAGAAUAACUAACCUGAUGUCUGGUCAAGUUGUUGCUGCACUUGAUGGAAUGCCUGCACCUCGCAAGCAUAAGUUGGUCGCCAGGUUGAGCAUCAAUAAUGAUGUUCAAGUUGAUGGUGGUGUUGAGUCUUUGAUACAAAAGUACCUUAGAGAGAUAGAAGAGCUAAGGAAUAAACUAACAGAAAGUGAAGCAAUGGCCAUGGCAAUAACAAGGCACGCCUCCAUGAAGUCCCGACUUGGCUCGCCUAUGCACCUAGAGACCAGUUCUGUCCUGGAGAUGGCUAAGAUGGAUGUGGCCAGACAGAAACAGAAAGCCCAGAAACUACAAAGAGAUAACUCCCAGGAUGAGAAUACCAACGAGGAGUCUAAAGAGGAGGGGAGCGAGGCUGAUCAGAGUGACGAAGAGGCUGUGGAGGAGGAUGAGGAUGACGAUGAUGAAGAUAAUGAUGAUGAAGAUGAUGAUGACACUGCGGAAGUUCAUGAGGAAAAUGAACAAGUCUCAAGUGACGAUGACUCCACCGACGAAAAGGAAGAUGAGGACGAAGAAAAGGUUGAAGGAGAGCUCGCCGCCCUGACCACGGAUAUCGAGAUCAAACAGAAACUGAUCGAAGAGCUCGAGAUUGCACAGAAUAAGAUCCAGACCAUGCGGUCCCAGUACGAAGAAAAAUUGGUCCUCCUUACCCACAAGAUCAAGGAAACUGAAGAAGAGCGGGACCAUGUGCUGAAGAACAUCAAGGAACAUGACUCGGAGUCGUCCAAACAAGCGGCCAAACUCAAGGAGGAGUACGAAAAGAAGCUCGGAGGGCUACAGACUGAGCUGAAGAAAGUACAGGCUGCCAAAAAAGAGCAUGCGCAGCUGAUACGAGAAAAGGCGAAUAAUGAUAUGAGGCUGAAGCAACUCAGCAACGAAGUGUCGGACAUGAAGAAGACUAAGGCUCGGCUGAUGAAGCAGAUGAAGGACGAAGUGGCCAAGAACAAGCAACGAGAGAGCGCCAGGAACAAGGAGAUCGCGCAACUCAAGAAGGUUUCUCGCAUGAGGGAGAUCGCCAUUAAGAACCUCGAGUCCGAGAAGAGGCAGAAAGAUAUUAUACUGCGACGAAAACAAGAGGAGGUGAAAGCACUAAGAAGGCAACAGAAGCCGGUGUCUGGAUCACUAGGAGCCAAGAAGAACCAAGUUACAGCUCAACCAAUAGCCGAGAAUGGAUAUCCACAGGAGAGCUACCCCGUAGCACCCUCUGGAUAUGGUACCUACGGUUACAGAGGAAGCACUGUAGCUCCUGAACGACCUGGAGGCCCUCCUAGAACUCGCAUACCAGGAAGGGGUCCUAGGAAACGCAUGACCAUCGAACAAGCCACAAAGUCGGCCAAGAAGAAGUGGGAUUUUGUUGACAAAAAGGUGAUGUCUCUGGUGAUGCACAAGCAGACUAUUUCCAAUCUUGAGAAGGACUACGACAGAUGGGUGGAGGACCGCGAAAAGCUCAGCAAAGACAUGGAGACGUGUCGUACCAAGCUGCAGGAGGCUGCCACGGGUGAUGAGCAGACCCAGCUCCGAGAGCAGAUGGAGGCGCUCACGGCCCACAUGGAAUACGUGCAGGAUAACAUCGACAGUUGUCAGGCGUGCAUCAUGGAGAUGGAGGAUCCCGGGAACACUAUGACGGAACUUAGCGAGCUCAUGACGUCAUCCACGCUCCAAGAGGCUAGGAUUCUACUGGACCACUUUCUGACGAGGACCGUGACUCAGUGCCAGGAGCUGUCGGCCAAAGACGCCACCGUCAAGGAGCUGGAAAAUCGUCUCGAAGUAACCAAGCAACACAACUACCUACAGCAAGAACUACUCCACCACGUACUACAGCAGAAAGACGUCACUUCCUCUCUCCCAUACUCCACCAGCAUUGAGGAUCUCGCCAACGCAGACGUUGACACUCUGAGUGACGUGAACGAGUUCUUGCGCGCCUCAACAGGCAGCCUGCAAAGCGUAGGGACGGUUGACGGGACGGACGUAGGUCUGUCAAGUAGUAGCGCUAGUGCUCUACAGGGCGACAGACCUGGUAAACCCAAGGCCCGCAGACGCACAGGGUUACCGGAGGAAUUCCUGCAUCCUGAUCGCAAGACAAGGCGCGCACCCUCCCUACCCUCCCUCAAGAGCGGCGAAUCGGAUAACAACUCCUCUAUGCCACUUGUGCCAGUCGGCCCAACCGACUUCAAAUCUUCCAAGCAAAUAUCACCGGAGCUGAUGCAAAAACUGCUCGAACUAGACAAAGCUCGCAAAAGCGGCGAAAAGAUGGAGAGAGACAACAACGACAACCCUAUGCCUCCCCCCACAAGUAGCAAGAUGCCUAGGGUGAAUUCCAUGAAUGUUGGUCAUGGGAAUGCUGUGGUACCCGCCUCGAUGACGCGCGGAAACCUGAGGUCAAAGUCCGCGCGGAGUUUUCCGAGUAGCAAGUUUGGCCCUGUGCCAGCAGCUUCUAACAAUCCCGCUCGAUCUCAGCCUACAUCGCCCGCUCUUCCACGCAAGGCGAGCAUGGAAAAUAGGGCUUUGGAGAAUGGUGACGAGAGUGGCAAGAAUAAUAAUUCGGAUGACGUGUUUUCCCGUCUGACAAGUAGCCUCGGCCAGGAGUCUGACCCUGAUGUCGGCAGAAUGCUCCCGUUACGGCCCCCCUCGGGCAAGCCUACAGCCCUGGUGUGUACGUACGCAGCGACUGGUCAUAACAGCGCCGUACUGAGCGUGGACGUCACAGAGGACUUCAUGUUCACCGGAUCUAAAGAUAAGACCGUAAAGGUCUGGGAUCUAAACACCGGCGAGGAAAUUCUGUCUUUGUCUGGUCAUAAGCGAGACGUGGUUGCCGUCAAGUACUGUCACAACACCAAUUGUGUCUACAGUGUCGCGCAAAACCUUAUCAAGAUGUGGGACGUGCGCCAGGAUUCUGGGAAAUGCAUCAAGACCUUAACACCUCAAGCGGGAUCGACCAUCAGUGGUUUUAUCUCGGGAAUAACGUCAGACACUCAAAUCAACGAUCUGCAAAUCAGCGAUCACCAGCUUUUCGCUGCCAUGGGCAACAGUGUCCGGAUAUGGGACCUCAAAACUUUUUCGAUGACGGGCAAGCUAAGCGGCCACGCCGCUCCUGUAAUGACUAUAAAACUCAAGAAGAGGGAAAGUGACACGCUGGUUUUCACUGGGUCACGCGACCAUUUUGUCAAGAUUUAUGAGCUCAGUGAAAGCAAUGUUGGCGUCCAGAGUCCUACGUACAGUCUAGCCCCGCCUCACUACGAUGGCGUGCAGUGCAUCACUAUUCGUGGCACAUCUCUCUACAGCGGUUCACGGGAUAACAGUAUCAAGAAAUGGGACUACGAAACUCACCAGCUGCAGCAGCACGUAACAGGGGCCCAUAAGGACUGGGUGUGUGCAAUAGACCAUCUCCCCAAGAGGGAGGUACUGCUCAGUGGAUGCCGCGGCGGGUACCUCAAGCUGUGGACAGUAGACACGUGUCAACCCAUCUGUGAAAUACGCGCUCAUCGUCAUCCUAUCAACGCAAUCGCCACAAACUCGUCCUGCGUUUUCACUGCAUCAAAUGAUCGCUUAGUGAGGCUAUGGCGUGCGACUGGAACUCUGGAUGACCAACUCCAGGAAAUUCGACGAGCCAUCCAAGUCUGAAGUAGCGACCAACAAGGUCACUUUUUUUCAAUUGUAUGGGCCAAAAAGCGCCCUAUUUUCCUAGAUUUGUUUCUAAAUUAUAAUUCCUGUAUCGUUGUUAUACAUUGUUUCUAGUUUUGAUAAAAGCAAUGAUAUAUAUGGCAAUUUGUUCUGCCAAGGAUUUGUAAUUGCUUUUGUAUUUUUGGAUCUACUUUCUAACGUGUGAAUAUCGCGAGUUCAUUGAGCGUUAUAUAAAACAAUAAAAUACAUUAAUAAUAAUUCAUUAUUCAUAAUAAAAGAUUUAUACAGAUAAUAUUUUCUCACGUGAGGUACGCAAUUGCAAUGAAAUAAAUUUGAAUUAAAAAAAUAUAACUAUAUAAGUAUUAGCAAACUACAAGAAUACGAUACAAAAUUCCAUUAGCACCAAUUUUGUACAGAAUGUUUAUAAAAUACAAGCACUAAUAAACACUACUAUUUGCCCUGAA